UGGAGUUGCUCUCACAACAGGCAUUAAAAGUUUGUCAAUGGCGUCCCCGGAGAUCGCCAGGGAAUUCCCCGAUGGAGUGUUCUUCGUGGAUCGAUCCUUUGCUCGCAAAUCGAUGCCCAAAUUCCUGCGCGUUCCAGCGAAUCCCAGCGCCAGUCCAAUCGCCUCGAGGGACGCGGUGAUCGACGAGGAGCACGGCAUUUGGGCGAGGAUCUUUCUCCCCACCGAUCAAGUCCAAGGUAAGGGCGAGGGCGAUUCUCCCAAGCUCCCAGUAGUGCUUUUCUUCCACGGCGGGGGAUUCGUGACCUUGUCCGCCGAUUUCUUCAUCUUCCAUGUCCUCUGCUCGAGCAUCGCCGAGAAACUGGGAGCCCUCGUGAUUGGCGUGAACUACAGGCUAGCUCCCGAGAAUCGGCUCCCGGCAGCAUACGAGGAUGGAUUCGCGGCGCUCAAGUGGCUCGCGGACGAGCAGGGUGGGCGCAGAGAUCCAUGGCUCGCUUCCCAUGCCGAUCUGUCCAAGAUCCUGGUGAUGGGCGAUAGCGCCGGGGGAAAUCUCGCGCACCAUGUCACAGUGCGAGCAGCAGUGGAGGAUUUGGGCGAGAUGCGGAUCAUGGGACAGGUCUUGAUCCAGCCAUUCUUUGGCGGGAUUGCUCGGUUCCCAUCCGAGACCAAGCCCCAACCGCCCAAUUCGACGCUCACGACGGAUCUGAGCGAUCAAUUGUGGGAGCUCGCGCUGCCAAUCGGAGCGAGCAGGGAUCACCCCUACUGCCAUGUCGUUGCGCCGGAUCUCAAAGCCCAGCUGCGCGAAAUCGAAGCUCUGCCCAAGGCCUUGGUCGUCGCUGGCAGCGAGGACGUUCUGUGCGAUCGCGUGGUGGAAUUCGCGGAGGUGAUGCGAGAGUGUGGAAAGGAUCUUGAGCUCCUGGUCGUCGAGAAUGCCGGUCACGCCUUCUACAUUGUUCCAGAGUCCGAGAAAACCGCCCAGCUCCUCGAGAAAAUAUCUGCAUUCGUCCAUGGUUUAAUCCCAAAGAUUAAUUCCAAGGUUUAGAAAUUGGCUGGCAUAAGCAAUCUCACCGUAUUCCAUCUC